AUGGCCACCGCCUACCCAGACGCCAAGGAUUCGAAGAUUGUCGAUAUGGACAAGAAGGCUGACGGAAUGAAUGGGAAAUUUAUGGAUUCUGAAGAGAAAAUGAAGACUGUAAUUGUCAAGAAAUUCGAAGGAAGUCGUAAGAAUUGGAGAAAAGAAGCAGUGAAACUGGAGCGACAUGUUUCCAAAGAUGUGUUUGCGGAUUCAGAUGACGAGAAGGAUUCAGGAUCCAAGAUUUCAGAAGAAAAGGAUUCAGAAGAGGUCAGGAAGGCACAGGAACAUCUGAAAAACAUGAAUAUUCAAUUCAUGGAUGAAAUAUUUCGAGUGGCGGCCACAUUCAAAAGUACAAAGGAUCGGAUUGAGAUGAUUAAAAAGUUAGGUGAUGAGUAUUAUAAAGAUGAGAAAAUUAGACACGCCCCCCAACCACUCCGUUUCCCCGCCACCUCUUUUACCGGUGAAGUAUUGAGUAGACACGUACAAAAUACUUGUAUUAAUUUAAUGCCCUCUUUAAAUAAUUCUGUUGUUGAUUUGAAGAAAAGAAAAGGUGACACUAUCAAUUGUAAUGAGGCGAAAAUGCCAAAAACUGAAGAAUAA